UACAGGUGUGCACAGCAACCACUUGUGUUGGGCGCUAAUAAACCUUUGUUUUCUGACGGCUUUAGAACACUACGGUAGCUUCAAGACUCAAAGCAAGGUCGCCAUGGGGUUCGUCAAGGCAUUUCUUGUUUGUCUGGCCGUUGUCACAAUGACAAAGGCAGAUGUACUCAUGUUCGACGAGGCCGACUUCAGUGCCCCGUACCCACUUCCCGGCCCAAUGAUUGAUUCUCAGGGCAAUAUGUUCGUCCCACUGUUAAAGGGAUACACCGUCGGGGAAUGGUGGGCUGCCACCACCGUAGUCCAGGUCCUGCAAGCGGACGUCGAGAGAGGAUCUGAGUUGGAUAGCCAAGUGGACAGGUUCAUGCCGAGGGAUACGAGUGACUCCGAGGACGAAGCAAAAGGGGAACAAGAAAUCGUACAGGCGGUCCGCAUGGAGACACGUAGCUAGGAGAGCACUUUUUUUAUUUUAUUUUUUUUUUAUAAUAUGAAAUUGUUUAAGAAAGAAAGUGCUGGUCUAAAUUCAUGAGAUGUGAAUUUUUCGACUGAAAAGGGAAGAGAAUCCUUCACGAUUGCAUUAUUUAUUGGUUUAAGAAGAACCACGAAAAUAAAAUCUAAAGAAGUAAAUAAAGUAAAUUAAAAUUUCUUAAUGACUCCAACUGGGGUGAAAUGUUCGAAAUGUCUGAGAUCUGAAAACAUAACAUAUUGGUAAAUAAAGAAAAGUAAAAAUGA